AUGUUGGGGUGUCGGUAUCGUCUUCGGCCCGUUCAGGCCGUGUGGCGUGGCGGAGGGGCCCUUCUCGAGGCUGCGCGCGCUUCUUCCUCCUCCUCGUCGUCUUUUUCGUCGUCUUCGUCUCCGUCUUCGUGGUCGCGAUCGAUCGUUGAAGGGGCUUCCACGGAGAAGCCCCCGCCGGGGGUUUCGCGGGUUCGCGACCCCCCACGGCAUCUCGCGCAGUACGGGCAACACGGCUACGACUUCCUUACCCACCUUCAGAGCCAUCGGGGGGGUUUCACGGAGGGGUUUAUGCGGCUGCGCGUCGGGGUUUACGUCGUGGGGGCGGUCGUCGUGGGGGUUUACGCGUUGGUGUGGGGCACCUCCUCCUCGUUUCACCUCACCACCGAUCCGGCGCCCUACCAAAACAGCAUUUUUGACGGUUUCCCCAGCGAUUACGUGAUUAUCGAGAAUCGGUGGACGGGCCGUCGACGGGUCGUGACGAUCGAUCCGGAAGAGGAAAGGAAGGAAAACGGGGUGGAAAAAGAGGAGGGGGAGGGAAAGCAUGCGGAAACGACCCCGCGGCGGAUCCGCGCGCGGACGAUCACCCUCCACCGCCUCUGGGAACGCCUCCACGUCUACCAACAAAAGGCGCGCGCGGUGGUGGUGGUCGACGCCGCGGCGGAGCUCUCGGCGGAUCGCUUCGUGCGCACCCCCACGGGGGUUUGCUGUGGCGAUCAGCUCUUUCCCGAUCCCAUCCCGGUGAUCUCGCGGGAAACCUCCACUUCCUCUUCUUCUUCUUCUUCGGCGGGGGAGCGAAUUUACGUCGAGGCGUGGAUUCGUCCGAGGGAGGGGGCGAAUCGAAUGCAGCGUGGGGCGCUGCCGGCGUUUGAGGCGGCCAUGCGGCGGGUGCUGCGGGAGCAGCUCUGCGCGCGUUAUCACGACCACCUCCUCGCCACGACGAAGGCGACGACGCGGGUUUACGCGGAGGAGCUCCUCCGUGGGGGGGUCGUCCGCGGUGGGGGGGUCGGCCUCGCGGCGGUCGUUCCCGAUCGCGCGGAUUUCGCGGCGGAGGUCCUCGCGGAGGUGCGGCGGCGGCUCGGCGAUGAUGUCAUCGUCUGCGAUUACGCGAUGCGGUUUUUUUGA